AUGAAAAUAGACAAUUGUACCCCAGUAACCGACUUUGUCUUGGCUGGCUUCGGAAUUCAAGAUGAUCUCCAAGUGAUUUUAUUUUCAACUUUUCUGGUAUGUUACAUAAUCACCUUGAUAGCAAAUAUGUUGAUAAUGAUUAUUACCAUUUCUGAUUGCGCUCUUUACAAACCCAUGUAUUUCUUUUUGUACAACUUGGCUUUCCUUGACAUCUGUUAUUCUUCGGUGGUUGUUCCCAAGAUGAUCACAAAUCUUAUAUCUCACAAGAAGAAGAUCUCAUUUCAUGGUUGCAUUCUCCAGAUCCAUUUCUUCCAUUUCUUGGGUAGCACAGAAGCCAUACUGUUUACAUUCAUGUCCUAUGACAGAUAUGUGGCUAUUGCCCAUCCUUUGAGAUAUUCCACCAUCAUGAGUUACAAUGUCUGUUUUGGCUUUGCCUCGUGUUCUUGGGUUAUGGGAUUUUUCCAUGCAUUGAUACACUCUGUAAUGACUUCAAGGCUUCCAUUUUGCGGAUCAAAUACAGUGAUACAUUUCUUCUGUGACGUUAAGCCGGUCCUUAAUUUGGCGUCUACAGAUGUAUCUCUUAAUUUCAAGCUACUGGCUAGAGUCACUGGAACGCUUACUCUGGUAACCCUAAUGUUAAUUGUCCUUUCCUACAUCCUCAUUGGCAACUGUCUUUCAAAAAUAAAGACCUCCCAAGGAAGAAAACGUGCACUGUCUACAUGUAGUGGACAUUUUUCUGUUGUGACGUUCCAGUAUGGGACAGCCCUUUUCAUCUACGUACGCCCUUCUACAAUAGACGCUUUAGAUCAAGACAGAGCAGCUGCCAUUAUGUUCUCUGUUAUAACCCCAGCAUUAAACCCAAUUAUAUAUACAUUAAGAAACAAAGACAUGAAGAACGCUGUGAAGAAGUUGCUCAAAAGAUCUUAUUGA